CAUGGUUUCUGGCAUCACGUGUAGCUGGCACUCGGUGAGCAGGGAGGUUCUUGUCAAAGAUGCUGCGAAUUACUCUGUGCCAUUGACAGCGGGCGAGGAAGAGAGGGGGGAAGUACCAUGACACUUCAACUGAGCAGGGCGGCAUUCGCCAGGAUCGGCCAGAGUUUGCAUGUGUCCCAGUGAUCGGGGAGUGCAUUUGCAUCGCAAUAAGUUGCCCGUCGCCUCCCUGCAGCCAUCCUCAUUCCGUGGUCAUUACUGCGGCGCAUCAUCACGCUUCAGGAAUGAGCGUGAAGAUCCCCGCUGGGCUGACGGAUUUGCUGCAGAGCUUCACCGUGGAGGUGCUGCGGAAGCAGCCGGACGACCUGGUCGGCUUCGCCGUGCAGUAUUUCAGACAACUACAGGCGAGCCCCCCUGACGGCAGCGGCGCCGGGAGAUCCCCCCGGACGGUCAACUUCGCCGAUGAGCCCAUGCAAACCGACUCCGAGGACGACGAAGACGACGAAGAGUUCGAAGCUCCAGUCAAAAUCAGAUUAACUCGACGACCCUCUGUCUGUGCAGAACCUUUCAAUCCUGAUGAGGAAGAGGAGGAUGCAGAGUCAUGGGUUAUUCAUCCAAAAACUGAUGAGCAAAGAAGGAGGUUGCAAGAUGCAUGUAAAGACAUUCUCCUCUUUAAGAAUUUGGACCAGGAACAAAUGUUUCAAUUGUUGGAUGCCAUGUUCGAAAGAUUUGUUGAAGUGGGUGAACACGUGAUUGAUCAAGGAGAUGAUGGCGAUAACUUCUAUGUAAUUGAAAGGGGAAAAUAUGAUAUAUUUGUAAAUAUAGAUGGCAUUCAAAAGUGUGUUGGGGCCUAUGAUGAACAUGGUAGCUUUGGUGAGCUGGCAUUAAUGUAUAAUACACCCAGAGCAGCAACCAUCAUUGCAACCUCUAGUGGAGCCCUAUGGGUUAUGGACAGGGCAACAUUUCGAAGAAUUAUUGUGAAGAACAAUGCCAAAAAACGGAGGUUAUAUGAAGAAUUUGUCCAGUCAUUGCCACUUCUGAAGUCACUAGAAUUAGGAGAAAGAAUGAAAGUUGUUGAUGUGUUUGGAACGAAAAUGUACAACGAUGGAGAACGAAUAAUUGCUCAGGGAGACAAAGCUGAUAGUUUUUAUAUUGUAGAGUCUGGAGAGGUCCGGAUAACUAUGAAGCACAAGGCUAAACCUGAAGCAGAUGAUGGAGUUGAAAUAGCCCGUUGUUCAAGAGGACAAUAUUUUGGAGAACUUGCUUUGGUAGCGAAUCAACCCCGUGCAGCAUCUGCAUUUGCUGCAGGAAGUGUGAAAUGUCUAGUUAUGGAUGUGCAAGCCUUUGAGAGACUGCUUGGCCCUUGUAUGGACAUUAUGAAAAGAAAUAUUGCAAAUUAUGAGGAGCAACUAGUGAACCUUUUUGGAACAAAUAUGGAUCUUGCUGAUCGAAGUGUAUGAAGAAAAACAUGAAGGAUGUUUCAAUACAUCACUGUGGAAACUUAUUUUACCACUGAAAUUUGAAUUCUAUGGAAACAAGUUGAGUUGUAUAUAAACAAACAAUUUUUAUAAUGAUUCUAUUUACUUCAAACCAAAAAUAAAAGUGAUUUAUUUGCAGUGUAGGAAUAACUUGAGCAGUAAUCUUUACUGCUUGAUUUUCUCUCCAGAGUAUACAGGUGAUUAAAUAAUGGAUGCGUCUUUAAUUAAAAUUCUUAAAUAUG